AUGGCUGCGGAGGCGGUGCCCCAGCCCCUUGGCUUCACUCUGCUCCUGUUUGGGGAACACCCCCGGAUGGGCGCCCUGGACGUGUGCCCCUUCAUCCCGGUGAGGGGCGUCUCCAUGGAGGAGUGCGUGCUCUGUGCCCAGACCUUCGGGCAGCGGCUGGCCGCGGAGCUGGGGGUGCCAGUGUACCUCUACGGCGAGGCAGCGAGGACCGCCAGCCGCCGGACGCUGCCGGCCAUCCGGGCCGGGGAGUACGAGGCUCUCCCUGAGAAGCUCCAGCGGCCCGAGUGGGCGCCUGACUUUGGGCCCAGCGCCUUCGUCCCCAGCUGGGGGGCCACGGUCACGGGGGCACGCAAGUUCCUCAUCGCCUUCAACAUCAACCUGCUGAGCACCAAGGAGCAGGCCCACCGCAUCGCCCUCAACCUGCGCGAGCAGGGCCGCGGCAGGGACCAGGUGCGG